AUGGAACGAGAAGGAUUGGUGCAAUUUGUGGUUCUCGCUUCCGAUCGAGACAUAGCGCAUAAAAUUUUCAAAUCUCCCACCUAUGCUGAGCCAUGCAUCGUACCGAUCGCGAAAGACAUUCUAGGCGAAAAGGCUUGGGUUUUCCUCCAAGGCAAAGCCCACACCGAGUAUAGAAGGGGGCUCACACCUCUCUUCACCAAUCGAGCUCUUUCAAGUUACCUCCCAGUUCAAGAAAAAGUGUUCAGCGACUACUUCGAGAAGUUUGUUGCGACUAGUCAGGCAAAUCAAGGACAGCCCAAAGAGUUCAUGACAUUGUUCAGAGAAAUCAACUGCGCCAUUUCCUGUCGCACUUUCUUUGGAGACUACAUCUCUCAAGACGCCGUUAAGAAUAUCACUGAAGACUUCUACGUGGCUACUGCUGCUCUCGAGCUCGUCAACAUCCCCCUUUCGAUAUACGUUCCGUUUACCAAAUGCUGGCUGGGAAAGAGGGCGGCUGAAGCAGUACACAUUGAAUUCGCAAAAUGCGCCGCGGUCUGCAAAGAGAAAAUGGCCUUAGGCUCAAAACCGACUUGUAUUGUCGAUCAUUGGGUGCUUCACAUGAUGGAGUCAAAUCAAUAUCGCGAGAGAAUCGCGGCGGGUGAAAAGGAUGUCGAGAAACCAUCCAAUCUGAUCAGAGAAUUCUCAAAUGAAGAGAUUGGAGAGACAUUGUUCACCUUCUUGUUUGCAUCUCAAGAUGCCUCCAGCAGUGCUUCAACCUGGCUGUUCCAAAUCCUCGCCCAAAGGCCCGAUGUACUCGACCGGUUGCGGGAAGAGAAUUUGGCCGCCCGAGGUGGUGACAAGUACAAGUCGUUUGAUUUGCCGAUGCUAGAGUCACUCACUUACACGAACGCUGUCAUUAAAGAGAUCCUCCGCCACAGACCACCGGUCAUCUUUGUACCUUACCUCGCAACAAGGGAUUUCCCUGUCACGCCAAACUACACCGUCUCCAAGGGCUCUAUGAUCAUUCCAUCCUGUUACCCGGCCUUACAUGAUCCAGAAGCCUACCCGAAUCCAAAUGUGUUCGAUCCCGAUAGAUGGAUCUCUGGAAAUGCCGAAGCACACACCAAAAAUUGGCUUGUAUUCGGCGCUGGGGCUCAUGAUUGCCUCGCAAGAAGAUAUGUGCCACUUUCCAUGGCUGCUAUGAUAGGUAAGGCAGCACUUGAGCUUGACUGGGAGCAUCAUGCCACACCGCAGUCAGAAGAAAUCAGGGUUUUUGCGACACUUUUCCCAAUGGUAAGGACUUGA